AUAAAUAUUAUAUUUUCAUAUAAUAUAUAAAAAUCUACUAAUACAGUCGGACUUCUUAUCCUACGACUCUUUUAUGCUACGUACCUUUGAUAUAUACUAACCUUUGAUCCUGCGACAAAAAGCCUCUCGAUCAUGUUACGACCGCGGAAGGAGAACCGUAUCCCCACUUCUUAUACAUACAUCAUGCUCAUUCUUAUUCAUCUUACGCACUUCGCACGAUUCGGACAUAUUCGGAACCCGAAUGGACUACAGAAUGCGACCACCGAGCCAAACAAGUCCAUAGAAAGAAUAAUUCGAUCUAAAAGGAACGACGAGCCCAAUUCCGAUUUAAUUCUCAGCACUCCAGAGAUAAUAAAGAAAACGGGUUAUCCCACGGAAACUCACGUUGUAACAACAGAAGAUGGCUACAUUUUGACAUUACAUCGUAUCCCAGGUGGCAACAGCUCUCUACCUGUAUUACUGGUACACGGUACUUUUUGCGAUGACACUAUUUGGAUCGCUCUUGGCAAAGGCAAAGCACUCGCUUAUUUAUUAGCGGACCAAGGGUACGAUGUUUGGUUGGCUAAUGUGCGUGGUACUCCUUAUUCGAAAAAGCACGUUUCCCUAUCACCGUCAGAUUGGAAAUAUUGGGAUUUUAGCUUUCAUGAAGAAGGCAUCUAUGAUUUACCCGCAAUGAUUACAUAUAUCACGGAUAUGAGAUCACAACCAUUGCACGCGUACAUUGGUCAUUCUAAGGGCACAUCUGCAUUUUACAUAAUGGCAAUACAUCGUCCAAAAAUUGCUAGAAUGAUAAAAAUGAUGAUCAAUACCGGUCCAGCAGUUUUCGUAGAUCAUAUGAAAAGUCCACUACGACCAAUACUUUAUUUGAUAAAAGAGUUUCAGUCCAUAUUGCGAGUUUUGUUCCAUGACGAAUUAUUCCCGGAAUAUGUUAAUAACAUACUAAAGACGUUACUCGGCUGCAACCUGAGUUUUUACCAAGCGGAGUUGUGCGCCAAUAAUUUCUUAUUUAUCCCUUUCGGUUACAACCCCGAGCAGCUAAAUUUAACUAAUCUGCCCUUUAUUGUGAGUCAUAUGCCCGUCACCACCUCGCUUAAGACUGUGGUGCACAUCGCUCAGAUAAUCCAAUCGGGUACGGCUCGUGAAUAUGACUACGGUGCCACGAAAAAUCUCUUGAUAUAUAAAUCAGUGGAACCUCCAGAGUACGAUCUAUCGAAAGUCGCGGUACCGAUAGCGUUAUACUACGGCAAAAACGACUUGUUUGUGGAUCCUAUUGAUGUGAAGAGGUUGUACAAUGCACUGCCCAACGUGAUAGAUAUUUACGAAUUGCCCAAUUUUAAUCAUCUGGACUUUAUAUUUGCGAAAGAUGCGCCAAAGCUUUUGUACGAAAGAGUUUUGAAAUUCAUGAAAGGGAAAUAUUCAAACAAUGUAACAACGAUAUGAUAAUAAAAUACAUUGAUGAUCUGUA